GUACGAAUGCCAAGAAGCAGUACGGGACAACAUUGGACAAAAAACUUAAUUAUAUUAUUAGACUACUCGAAGAAAAUAUGAAAAAGAACAACGCCAUUUUAGCUGAUUUGGGGCGCAUGUGGAAACAUAUUCGUGAUGAUGAGAAAAAGAAUGAACAUGAGCCCAACGCUAAAAGGCAAUUUGAGAUCGCCAACAAUAUUAAUAGCUUCAUUCCUUUAAAAGAUGCUAAUGACUUAGAUUUACUGGAGGAGCAAUUGAAAACAGAAGAUUUCAAGAAUGCGAUGCUAGACGCACUUAUGAAACGAGGAGGAAAAAAUGUAGAAGAUUUAACAAACAAUAUUAUGGCCAAAGUUUUCACAAAUGAGUUGGCAUCAGAUUUCAGUAUGCGGGGUAAACAAAAGAAAAAGACCUUACUGGAUUUUAAAAUAGCUUCGUGCAUUAUUGAAGCAAUAAUGGCCAGCGAAAAUAGUAAAGAAGAUUACAUUCAUAAACAAAUGGGCAAGUGGCUAGCAAAUGCACCUGUUCGCUUAUCGAGAAACAGAGCUAAGAAGGAAAAAGCAGAGCUGAUCAAAAAUAAUUAA